GAGGCGGGACUUAACGGUGUCUCUAGCUGUACCUGGUUAUCGCAUAAAAAAGCCCAGAAGAAACUAAAGUUUACUGCCAAUGAAACUCACAGAAUGAAUGGGACCGCUUAUUCCAACUUUGACAACCAGGAACAUGUUUUGAAACUAGGAGAGACGUUUGAGAAACACCCUAAAAGUGCCUACCACACGGUCCGAUAUGAUUUCAAACCAGCUUCCAUUGAUACAACAUGCGAAGGAGAGCUUGAAGUGGGCAAAGGAGAGCAAGUCACUAUUACUUUACCGAAUUUAGAGGGUUCAAGUGCUCCAGUCACAGUGUUCAAGGGAUCUAAGAGACCGUACAUGAAGGAGUGCAUCCUCAUCGUGAACCAUGACACAGGAGAGUACAGGCUCGAAAAACUCAACAGCAACAUAGCUGUCAAGAAAACAAGAGCUGAAGGCAGCAGUAAAAUUCACUCUCGGCUAGAGCAGCAAACAAGCCGUCUGAGCCAGCAGAUGAAGGGAAACGGCAACAAUAAGAUCUCAACCAGCUCCAAGAGCUCUCCUCCCAAGGGGAAAACGUCUCCAGCGUCUCCAAUGGAUGACAUUGAAAGAGAACUGAUGGCGGAAGCGCGCGUCAUGGAUCAGAUGAGCAGCAGCGACAGCUCCUCGAACUCCAACAGCUCGUCGUCUUCGAGCAGCGAAGACAGCUCCAGCAGCAGCGACUCAGACGACGAGCGUAACCCUGCGCCGCCACUGCCUCCCGCCCCGACCAACCAGAGCAUGCCUGUGAUAAGCUCCGGCACCAAUCACGUCACAGGUCUUCACCAGGAGAGCGGAGGAGGCCUCAUUAUGAACACGCUCAAGAACGACCUCCAGCUGAGUGAAUCAGGCAGUGAGAGCGACUGAAGACAAAGUCCAACCUGUCUGCUUUUGUGCCUCCUGUGAAGUGUGACUGUUAUUUACAUAUCCACUGUUCUGUUAGACAUGCUGCUUCUCUGCCAACAAGCAUAACAUUUCAUCUCGCUCUGCUCAUGUGAAAGUUUGUGUGACGCUUCUUUUCACCGUGACUUGGUGCUGGAAAUCAAUUAAAAAAAUUUUUUUUGUAUAUAUUUCACGCGAUGCCUUAACCCCCAAGGGUUAAACUGAUCAAGGAAACAGAAGGGGCAUAAUUUGAGAAGCGAUUGUGAAACAAGGAUCGAUGUGGUGUCAUCUUAAAACCACCGGCUAGACUUGUGUAAUAUUGUUCAGCCCAACAAUAUUACCUACCACUGUUGUGCCUUAUGCUUUACACCAUCAAUUUGUGUUGCAUGACUUUAUCUGUUGAUUUUUCAAUUUUUUUUGUAUCUUCAGAUAUCGUACUUUGCUACUGCCUUAAAGCGCUGCGGCUGAGAGUGUUUAAAUCCAGUUAAUUGUUACUGCAUUAUCACUCAGUGGACUUAAGUGGCUUUGUCGCUUUAAACCUGCAAUACUUGAAUCUAGUUAUUUAUCUUAAUUUCUUUUUUCUUCUUUUUGACCGGAAAUGAGUUUAUUUUAUGUUUAGUUUCUUACCCAAGAAAUUGGAAAUGCAAGUUACAAGCUGUACUGCAGAGACAGAGGUUUAUUCUUCACCUGAGUGAGUCUUAAAGAGCUUAAUGUGCUUUAUUUCCUUGGGAAGUUCUUCAGGACUUCCUGCCUUUUCUUUUCCUCUUCCUUUUUUUUUAAAUCCUUUGUCAUGGCUGAGUUGUCUCGACAAACAGGAAUCUGAGAAGUCUUUGGCAUCGAAACCAUCUGAACACAGUGAGAGGUUGAAGCAGAUGUCUUUUGAAAUGGAGAAGUGAAAUGUAUAUGUAGCAUAAAGAUCUUUGUCAAUAUUAAAGAUUUUAAUUGUU